UUUUUAUGCCACUGCGUCCAUCGUGUUCGUUUGUGGUAAUUGUACGUGAUCUACUAAGCCCACAGGGUAUAUACAACAAAUGCUUGGAUGAUAUCUGAACUAGCAUUUUUCCCUUGAAGGCAAUGACACUUUGUCCUUUGCGCGUUCAUUAAAGCCACUAACAUACGUGUAACGUGCUUUUAAGGCCUUAUAAAAUAAUUGGUCUUCCUCACAAUCCGUGCUAUUGACGGACUAUCGGUGCUAUUGAACCUAUCAAAGUCUAAUUUUAAGCGCCCAAAUAAACGUUUCCCAACAAGAAGUACUUAAAAUAAAAAGUAAUCUGUCUUGUGCGAUAUUCCGUUUUCUAUUAUCUACAGUUAAGUUGUAUUCUAGAUCGUUUCGCGGAUUUUUAUUGGGUUAAAAGCGUUCAGAAACAACGUAUCUUGCCAAAGACUUAUUGAUAACAUGUCCGUCUGUUGAUUAAAAAAAAACCCACGAGGAGAGAUUUUUGCUCCAACCCAACUUUAUUUCGACCCAUAGCGCUAUUCGUUCGUGUAUGAAGGGCCACCGUACAUUAGCAUCAUGGCUUAAAUGAACGACUGACAAAGCAAACACAUCAAUAGUUAGUCACAUGUCAAUAACAUUUAAAGUUACGUUUAAAUUAAGGUAUUAAAGUUAUCAGAAAAAUUAGAGAUCAAUGAUCACGCGAAAAUUCAAAUUUUACAACUGCACGUGUGUAAUGAGAAUAAGGCUGCAAUCAGAACUAAUAAGGCCAAUAACAGCUGGUAGAUUUCUGGUAGGUUCUUAUUGUUUUGACAUCAAUCGUUAGGGCAUGACAGAAAGAAAUAGAUGAGCUAGGACACCCCGAUAAAAUGCAUGGAGAUUAUUUAUCAGUACGUAUAACAAUACGUUUCAUAAUUUUGCUAGAAAUCUCUUAUAAGACUUAAAACUGGUGGUUUUGUAGCGUCUGACGAUAGAAAUAACUAUUUCGUAAAUGAAUCUUCUAUAAUAGAUCUAUCCAGUAAUCCGUAAUAAAUAAAGAAUGUAUUUCCUUCGGUUAACGGCGCAGAAAAGGUGAAAUCCAUUAGCAUCUGCUUUUAUCUUAAAUAUCAACAAUAUAAGUAGAUAAUAACAGUUACGUGUCCUGUAUAUGAAAUUUUAACGAAACCUACUAGUUCCUCACUAGAGUGUUGGAAGGUUAUGACUAGUUGUAGUUUAGUUUAAACAAACGUCACAUGUCGCCAACCGUCAUCUGGCUCUAUUUAUUGUCUUGCAAGGUUAUUUCUAUUUAAAUCAAGAAAGGGAACCAUUUGGCUGACCAACAGACAUUUCCCGCGUUGUGAGCCCUAAGUCGAAACUUUUGAUCUUAUUUGUAGCGCUUUUACUUGUUCCGCUGCCAAGGCUGCUGUUGUUGUCGUUCUAAACAGAGGUGUCUUACAACAACGCCGAUUCGGUGACGAAAUGCGCACGGUCCAGUUGGACUCUUUUUAAAAAUAGAUGUUCGCGCUAUAUGUCAACGUCUAAUGCAUUUAAUGUGAUGAAAAAGUUCGACAAACACACGUUUUAAGUGGUUUAAGCUUGUUGUGCCCGCUUAAGCCUUGUAGGAGCGUUAGAUUAGUCAGACAUCAGCUUCAGGUUUACGUCACUGAGGCUAACCGUACGCUACACGAACAUAUUAUAUCAGCCUGCACUAAAAAAAUAUUUACCAUCUUGGAAAGAUGUUGCGACGCCGUUUCAUAGACAUUGGUGCAAAUAUCACUGAUGAGGUAUUUCGAGGUGUCUACCAUGGAAGUACUAAACAUCCUGAUGACUUCGAGGCCAUGAUUAAGCGUGCGAAACAAGUAGGCCUCUUGCUUGUGGUGUUUUGGAUCUUUGAGAGUUUUUAUUCUACGGUUGGCGUACAGAAACUUAUAAUUACUGGGGGAAGCCUCGAGAGUUCUAGGCAGGCCUUGGAACUAGCGUCGACAGGUUCAGACCUCUACUGUACAGUCGGUUGCCACCCCACUCGUUGUUCAGAAUUCGAUAACUAUUCCCAAGGUCCUGAGAAAUACCUCGAGGAACUUAUUAAAUUGGCUCGCUCUUCUGAAAAGGUUGUUGCCGUAGGAGAGUUUGGUCUCGACUACGACCGAUCGCAGUUCUGUUCGCCAGACGUUCAACGGCAGUAUUUCGAAUUCCAGUUCGAGCUCGCUGUUGCGAUUCGUAAGCCAUUAUUCUUACACUGCCGUAGCUCAGGUGAAGAUUUUUUACGGAUACUCCAAGCAAACAGAAAAAGGUUCUCUACUGGAGUUGUACAUUCGUUCGAUGGUACGUGGGAUCAAGCUCGUGCCUAUAUCGAUAUGGAUCUCUACAUUGGUAUUAAUGGAUGUUCGCUCAAAACUAUUGAAAAUCUUGAGGUGGUCAAAAAGAUUCCAUCAGAUAGGCUGAUGAUUGAGACUGACUGUCCGUAUUGCGACAUUAAGCCGACCCAUGCGGGACACAAAUUCGUCAAGACGACGUUCGAAUCAAAGAAAAAGGAACGUUUUGAAGAGGGUAAACAAGUCAAAGGAAGGAAUGAGCCGCAGAAUAUUGUUCAGGUCUUGGAGGUGAUCGCCGGCUGUAGAGGUGAUACUGUGCCGGUUUCAAACAAGGUUUUUAAUGGACUGGUUUGUCGUUACGUUUUUCUAUUGUUUAAAAAGGAAUUUAAAUAUUUGUAAUUCGUCCAGCAACUUUUUAGUUGUUAGAAGAUAUGUUUGUUUUUCAAUUCGGCUGACCCCUUCAUCUCUACGAUGAGGUACCCGAUAUCUGUGGCGUCAGUUCAAAUCGACCACAAGUUUAAAAGUACGAUGCCACUUGCAAAGUGAAGGUUUCACAAAAAAAAAGGACAACGAAAUGGCUUUUAUAUGUACUACGUCAUUUAUGCCGGUACGUCUAUGAUUGGCUCCAGUUAUUAGCUUUUUGAGCAAUACGUAAGCAAGU